UUUUGUUGACAUAAGAUAAUAAGCUUUUUAUAUAAAUAAUGGCGUUAACUCCAUUCAAUGAUUUCUGGUCUUCACGUCGAAGAUUUCGUGAUCCUCUUUGGGAUGUAGGUAUGACGUCACGAGAUCUAAUGGGAUCUCCUGAUUUGAUGGCGUCAUCUUCAUCACGUGACUGGAUGACUCCAUACACUGGAAGGAGAAGAGACAUUGUGCCGUUUGGACAUAGAAGCGAACAAUUCUUCGAAAUGGAACGAAAAUUUGAAGAGAUGGUUCGAAGAGUCGAUUCCAGGUUCUCUGGAAUUCUUUCGCUUCUUGACGACGAAGAGUUCUUCGGAAGACAACAAGUUGAAGUCGAACAUGAAGGCAAGCAAGAAGUAAUCACGCCAAAAGCAAAGGAUUUUUCUCUAAAAGUCGACGUUCAAGACUUCCGCCCGGAAGAAGUAAAGGUCAAAGUUCAAGGAGGUCAGGUGUUUGUUCACGCAAAACGUGAAAAUAAAAAUGAAGACGACGGAAUGUAUGCUUAUAGUUUCAGAGAGUUCAAGCGUGCAUUCACUCUUCCGCAGGGUGUCGACGCAGAAAAGCUGACAUCCUCUCUAACAAACGCUGGAGUUUUACAAAUCGACGCCCCAACGAAAGUAUGCUCUGCUCCUGCGAUAGAAGCAUCAAGAACCGGUCCUGUACCUGUCAGUGUUGAACACGCUGAUAAAUAGUUAAUUUGUUUCUUGAAUAGAUUUGCCGACUAUUGUUGCCAGCUCCUUCACAAUAUCGACGUGCUAUCUGCUAUUUUAAAUGUCAUUAAUUCAAAUGUAGUAAUAGUGAGAAAUAUGUAAAUCGUUUCAUGUAGUAAUAAAUGAGAAUAUGAAGUCAUCCUGGAUAUUUUGAUUUUGGAUUGUUUUUAUCACGGAAGAGUUGAGCAGUAUUUUAUAUUUCGUCAUCAAUAAAUAUGUAUCGUUUGGUUAAUUUUUCCAACUUCAGUAUUGCAAAUAAAUCGAUUUUCAAAUAUUGAAAA